AUGGCCGCCUCCACCAUGUCUGUCUGCUCUGACGCCUGCACCAACUCCUCCUGGCAGGUGGACGACUGCCCAGAGAGCUGCUGUGAGCCCAGCUGCUGUGCCCCCAGCUGCUGCCAGCCCACCCCCUGUACUACUCUUAUCUGCACCCCAGUGAGCUGUGUGUCCAGUCCCUGCUGCCAAUCUGUCUGCACACCCUCAUGCUGCCAGCAGUCUAGUUGCCAGCCCUCAUGCUGUCAAUCCUCCUGCUGUGUGACCCUUUGCUGCAAGCCUGUCUGCUGCACACCCAUCUGCUCUGGAUCCCCAUGCUGCCAGCAGUCUAGCUGCCAGCCCUCAUGCUGUCAGCCAUCCUGCUGUAUGACUCUUUGCUGCAAGCCUGUCUGCUGCACACCCAUCUGCUCUGGAUCCUCAUGCUGCCAGCAGUCUAGCUGCCAGCCCUCAUGCUGUCAGUCAUCCUGCUGUGUGCCAGUCUGCUGCAAGCCUGUCUGCUGCACACCCAUCUGCUCUGGAUCUUCCUCAUGCUGCCAGCAGUCUAGCUGCCAGCCCUCAUGCUGUCAAUCCUCCUGUUGUGUGCCAGUCUGCUGCAAGCCUGUCUGCUGCAAGCCCUGCUCCAGUGUGUCCCUGCUCUGCCGCCCUGUGUGCAGACCCGCCUGCUGUGUGCCCGCCUCCUCCUGCUGUGCCUCCUCCUGCCAGCCCAGCUGCUGCAAGCCCUGCUCCAGUGUGUCCCUGCUCUGCCGCCCUGCCUGCUCCCGCCAGGCCUGCUGUGGCCUCUCCUCAGGCCAGAAGUCCAGCUGCUGA